CAAAACGAUGACGUAUGACACUUACUGAUAUCAGUUUGUGAAACCCUGAUGUCCGCUAAACCCUAAUAUCUGAGAGGGUGAGUGAGAAAAGAGCAUAGAGCUUCAAUUGGGGGGCCAAGAUGAAUUAUUCGAGAAUACUUACAAACACUUUGUGUAAGAAAAACAACUCGGACUUUCUUUUUUCUUCCUUCUCUUUUAGUGCUUUUGCUUCGUCGCAUUGCCGUUCUAUCUUCUACACUGCGCAGCUUCAGAACUCAUGGAUGGACAAAAUCAAAGGGGUUAUUACCGGAAAAAAGACCUCUCAAGAAGACACAUUAAUCAGCUCCGACUCCUUCACGCUUCUACGUUUUGCGGAUGAGUUGAAGAAUGCGAGAAGGGUAGGGGCAUUCAAGCAAUAUAUAGUGGGUAGAAGCAGCGAAGCGACAUUUGCUGACGCUUUUGAGAAACAAGAAGCAAUAAUUCGAUAUCUUGGAGGUUUAGAUUCCACUGGAGAGAAUAUCCAAACCAGUCAAAAACAAGAAGCAGCAAAGCAUUGUAAUUGCUCGAUUGCCGAUGUUGAGAAUGCUCUUUCGAAGUUUAUGUGGGCUAGAGAAGCACAAAAGAAGCUCGAAAGUCUGAAGAAAGAAGGGAAACCAAUGCCAAAGAGCAUUGCUGAGGUGCAAAAACUGAUGGGUUCGUCGCCACUGGAUCUUGCCAGGUCUAAUUUGGCUAAGAGUGGGCAAAUCAGUCGAAAUGCACUCUGUCCUUGUGGUUCCAAGAAGAGAUAUAAAUGGUGCUGUGGGAAAAAAUAAGUGAUAGAGUAGUUUUAAGUCCCUUCACUGCUGGACCAUCAAAAUGGAGAUAUUCGAAGACUCCUAGGAAGAAUUUCAGGUCUCAAUCUCCCAAAUAUUGUCUGUUGAUAUCUUGUCUUUCUGAUGUUGUCUGGUUGGAAUUGUGUUUAUAUAUUUAUUUGUCAUAGAGUGAAGCAUAAUAGCUCAGAGUUUUUAAUCUUUCUUGACAUGUUCUAAUUUCUUUCCUUUCUGGUUCCAAUUAUAUUUUUCUCAUAUUUGUUUUUAUCUGUUUGGAACAUGAUUUCAAUUUUCAUAACUGAAAACAAACUUUAAUAAUCAUCAAAUUAAUAGAUAAAUAUGAAAAUUUAAGGUUGUGUAUCCGAUCUAAUGGUGGAAGUAAAGUAAGAAGUGGAUUACACACAAUAACUUUACUCUUCCAUAAUCUUGUUUAUAACCCAAAUUAAUCACCUAACUUAGAAGUUUUAAUUGUUUACAAUUUAAAAUUGGCAUAUCUUCAAACUUCACUUCAACAGUAAAUCUUUUUUCCUUCUCAAAGACUUCAUAAUUUGACAAUCAAACAAGUGCCUAACUGUCAUAAUCUCACUUAUAUGGACUGCACUGUAGAAUAAUUAUGCAGUAUUUCUAUCUGAGAAAUACAUGAUUUUUUAUAUUAUCCAAUGAUGGGUUUAAAACACAUUACUACUGUUUAAACUCUGCCAUUGUGUUUCUGAUACAUGAUUUUUUAAAGUUUUUCUUUGUCUUUAAGGUCUCCCAGGGAAAUACUUAUAAUUGUAAUGUUAAGUAGUAAUAGAACUUUCACUAAUAGUCUCUAGUAUUUUCUUGCUUUCUUGUCCCGUGAAAUAUACUAUUUCUAUCAAACUCCUUUUUAUCUCAACAGGUGCAACCUUUUAUCUUGUACGCGGUAAUGGUUCCUUUUCAGUUGGUUGUUUGUCUACCUAGAGCAACUAGUCCUCCUUGGUGGAGAUUGUGGCUUAAAUAGGCUUUGCUUUUUCGAAAUAUAUUUGAUUAUUUAUCUCCUUGUAUAUUCCAUGUAUUUAUUUGUUUUUCUCUACAUGAAGGUGCUGUGGGAAAAAAUGAAGUGAUUUAGAGAGUAAUUUUACACCCCCUCAAAUGGAGAGAUGGCAGGAUUCCUACAAAGAAUUUGAGGUCUCAGUUUCACUAAUGUUGAUUGUUGGAACCUUGUCUCCCAGAUGCUGUCUGGUUGGAAUUUUUUGUCUGUAAAUUUAUUUGAAAUAAAGUGAAGCAGAACAGCUUUGAUCAUUAAAUUCCCUUUUAUAAUAUCUCUUUUUUUUUUUUUUUUU